GCGGAGUCAGCGCGGUCCUUCAUGAGGCAACAUUGUCUCGGUAAAAAAGGCGCUUAUCCAGCGUGGCAUUACUUUUUUCCACAAGAACCCACCAAAUAUUCCGUUUCCAACAGAGAAGAGUUUGAUAUUUUUGGAUUAAGCAAACCCAGAAGGAACUCUUAUGUGAUCUACCCGAGGAUUUGCGGGUAAACUUCAGUUAAAAAGUGACAUUUUGGUUGAUUUCUCGACGCGAACGGUUCCAGCUUGACACCGAUAGAGAGGCUCGACUCCAGCCCAGCCGUCCUGACAUGGACACAGCGAUCAUACCUGAAAAGAAAAGGGUGAGUUCGGAGCGCAGGAAGGAGAAAUCGAGGGAUGCAGCGAGAUGUCGUCGCGGGAAGGAGUCGGAGGUGUUCUACGAGCUGGCCAAGCAGCUGCCCCUCCCACACAGCACCAGCUCGAGCCUGGACAAGGCCUCCAUCAUGAGGCUGACCAUCAGUUACCUGCGCAUGCAGAAACUGCUCUGCAUCGAUGAGCCUGCGGUGGAGGAGAAAACGGAACUUGAUAUCCAGCUAAAUGGCUCCUACCUUAAGGCUUUAGAGGGCUUUCUCGUGGUGUUGUCUGAAGAUGGAGAUAUGAUCUAUAUUUCAGAAAAUGUCAACAAGUGCUUGGGGCUGGCACAGUUUGACCUGAUUGGACACAGCGUGUUUGAUUUCACUCAUCCCUGCGACCAGGAGGAGCUGAGAGAGGUGCUGGUCUACAGAACCGGCUCCAAGAAAGUCAAGGAACCCAGUACAGAGCGAAGCUUCUUUCUACGGAUGAAAUGCACUCUCACAAGCAGGGGUCGCACCGUCAACGUAAAGUCAGCUACAUGGAAGGUGCUGCAUUGCUCGGGUCACGUGCGAGUUCACAGCAGUGAGCAGAGCGCAGACGGCCACAAGGAGUCACCCGUGCCCUAUCUGGUUCUGAUCUGUGACCCCGUCCCUCACCCCUCCAACAUCGAGGUCCCCCUGGACACCAAAACGUUCCUCAGCCGCCACACGAUGGACAUGAAGUUCACAUACUGCGACGAGAGAAUCACUGAGCUUAUGGGUUACGAUCCGGAGGACCUGCUCAACCGUUCUGUGUACGACUACUACCAUGCUCUGGACUCGGACUAUCUUACAAAGACUCACCAUCACUUGUUUGCAAAGGGCCAGGUCACCACGGGUCAGUACCGGAUGUUGGCAAAGAAAGGAGGCUUUGUGUGGGUGGAAACACAGGCCACCGUCAUCUACAACAGCAAGAACUCCCAGCCUCAGUGUGUUGUUUGUGUCAACUUUGUGCUCAGUGGGAUCCAGGAGGAGAAACUGAUCCUUUCUUUGGAGCAGACCGACGAUGUGAAGGAAGAGGAAGAGCAGCAGCAGCAGGAUGAAGACCAGGCUGUAGUGGAGGAAAGCGAGCCCGUCGAAGUGAAGGAGGAGGAGAAGACCCCAGUGAUCAAACUCUUCACGCAGGCGGAGAUGCAUCCGCAGGACUGCCUUUACGACUUGCUGAAAGAACAGCCUGAUGCCCUGACCCAGCUGGCCCCGGCCGCCGGAGACACGUUCAUCUCCCUGGACUUUGGCCGCCCCGGUGCAGAGUCAGAGACCCACCUGCUGGAGGAUGUCCCUCUCUACAAUGAUGUAAUGCUGCCCUCCUCUGGUGACAAGCUGGCACUGCCUCUGUCUCCUCUGUUGCCCACUGAGCCGCUGGAGGUCUCCAGCAGCACCUCUGGGGAGCCAAAACCUGAGAGCUUUACUCCAGCCCUGUCUACUACACCACCCCACAAACCUUCAGAAGUUGACGAUCCUCUGGGCUUUUCUUUCCCCAUGGACACAGAAAUGAACUCAGAUUUUAAACUGGACCUGGUGGAGAAGCUGUUUGCAAUCGAUCCAGAGGCCAAAGCUCCCUUUAACACAGAGGUAAUGGAGGACUCCGAACUGGAAAUGUUCGCACCAUACAUUCCCAUGGAUGAUGACUUCCAGCUGCCCUCCCUCGUCUCCGAAGAGCCUUUGUCUUGUGGACCAGUCAAACCCCUGGAAAGCUCCCCAGUCCUCAUCGCACUGGACGCCCACAGCUAUCCCAGCUCUCCAUUCAGCGCGCCAGAGAGUUGCACGGUUUCUCCAGCUCCACCCGAGCCGGUCUGCACGCCCCCUCCUGCCAACAUCGCAGCAAAGAGAGCCCCAAACCCGGAGAAAGACGUUCCCCUCAGAAAUCGGGCGGUUCAGAAUGUACAGCGGAAAAGAAAACUCGGCGAACUAAAGGAGAUCAUUGAACAGGGAUCUUUGAUCCAAGGGCAACCUGAGAAGAGUAAAAAGCUGAAGGCGACCGAGUUAGGAGCAACUAGGACCAUUAUUCUUCUGCCUUCAGAUUUGGCCAGCAGACUGCUGGGCACCACCUCAGAUGGCAGCAGCUCCCCCUUCACAUUGCCUCAGCUCACCAGCUACGACUGUGAGGUGAACGCCCCCUUACAGGGCCGACAGUACCUGCUGCAGGGGGAGGAGCUGCUGUGCGCUCUGGAUCACGUCAUCUGAGUCAGGCCUUCGGUUCUGGACUAGACUGAACACUACAAAUCUACCCUCACAUUGUGACUCUCCUCCUUGGCCAGCUACCCCCCAAACCUACUGCCACUUAUUUAUGUAUCUGUUGGAUUUUGACUGUAGUUUGGCUGCUGUUUGUGCACCUUAUGUGAUAUUUGCAGCAUUCCACCAUGACAAACAACCAUAGCAGCAUCUUGGUUUCAGCGCGAUGGGAUUCAGGCAUUGUAAGACAUCAACUUCUUUCUUUCUCCUCUCCUCUCCUCUGGCGAGUCUCUCCCGACACGGCGCCUUCACCUAUGACCCCUCUCCAGUUGGUCACCACAGAACCUUACGCUGCUGCCAGCAGUGUAUUGUAAGCUUCAGUCGCACAACUUAUAUUUUCUUAAAAAGAAAAAUCUUACCAGCAAUAUAUUUUAAGCCUUUUUAAAGUAGAUCUAAUGGAAAAUAGUUUUUUUUUCCUCCCAUACUUGUAUGUUGUAGUACUCGCACCAAACAGAUGUCUGUAUUGCUUUAAAACCUAAACUGGUUUGAAUGUUAUCACCAUUUAAUAGCUGUCUGUGAGCUAAUUUCAUUUAAUUGUGUAGCAGUUCAGUACAUGUCACUUUAUUACUUUACUGUAACUGUGUUACUGUACAUAUGCCAGGAAAAUUGGAACUUUUACUCAAUCUUUUUCACUUUUUAUUUUCCUGGUCCAGGAUUAGAUUGAUUUUCUUCUACAUGAAGACCUCUUGUUUUCAGUUAUUAGUGUGUGACAAACUCAGUGCGAGCUUCCCAUUUUGUCUGGCCUGGUAGUCUGUUUCAAUACCAUUCUUCCUUGCCAUAGUGUUGAGUCUCUCACACUUCGUUUUGCUGUUUAUCAAUAAAUGGCUUUAAUAAAA